CAGCAGCAUCGCUUCUUCAGACAGUCAGCACCAUUAGUAGCCAAUUAAAGAGAGGUUUAACAAUUUCGGUGAAUAAUUCUCAUAUGCAUUAUCAUUUAAAAAAUAUGGAAUAUUGGUCAGAAACCGAUUGUUUUAAUGCUCCUACAUUAAGCAUCGAUCCUGGUAAAUGGGGUGUUGGGGCGUUUAGGAGUAAAUUUACAUGUGGAACAACUGGAAUAUUAUGUUAUGAACUUGUACUUGAUCAGGGGAAUUUGAGUGAUAAACUAUUUUUACUUAUAGGAUGGAAGGUAAGUUACUAAUAUUUGACCACAGAUACUCUUCACUUUCUACAAAAAACUUUUUAUUUGUUUUUUUUAGGUUCCAUUAAUGGGAGAUAAUACAUAUUUUAUUCACAUAGCGCAUGUACCAGAUUCACCAGAUUUUCCACGAAACAAAUCAGAAAGGAAAAAAUUAUACAAUAUGCUAAUGAAAAGUGAAGUUAGAGCUGGCAAUUCAAUUUCUAUACAUAUAUGUCCUGAAGUUGAAGAUGGUAUAAUUGUUAAAAACGAUAAAGAUGGCAAAACCGAUAAAGACGACAAGAACGACAAAGACAAUAAAAAUGAAAAUGAUAAUGAAAAUGAACAACACAAUGAAAGUGACCAAGACGAUGUUAAUGAGCAAGGCGAUGAAAAUGAACAAGACGAUGAAAAUGAGCAAGACGAUGAAAAUGAACAAGACGAUGAAAAUGAACAAGACGAUGAAAAUGAACAAGACAAUAAAGACGAUAAAAAUGAAAAAAAUGACAAAAAUAACAAAGACGGUAAAGACAAGACUAAGCCUUUAGCUUCGUUUUCUGUUUGUGCUACAAUGGCCACAAGCGCAAUAGCAAAUAUUAAAGUUGAAAUAAAUCCAUAUUCUGAACCGAUUACGAAUAAAAUAAAAAGUCCUUUAUCAAUUUCAAUACCCAAACAAAAGUUUUCUUUUGCUAAAUAUAUGGAAGAAAGUUUUCAAAGUGCCGAAAAUAUAGUUAAUGAAGCUUUGAAAAAAUAUAUAGGUAUUAAUGAGUAAAAUAUAGAAAAAAAAUAGAUUUUUAGAUUAUCUAAGAAUUUACAAAAAUAAGUUUAGAAGUUUUCA